AACAGAGGUUUGAGGUAUGUCUUGACCACAAAUUCUACUCCUCUAUAAGCUUGGUGUUCCUCUGCGCUUGUGAGCGUAUGUUUAACUAUCAAGCUCUUCUUCUGUGGGCAGUGACCAGUAAUGGAGCAACCAAAUCAAUGGCUGACGCAGACGGAACAGGAGGAGCUGGCGUACAUGUACCAGCAAGAAGGGGUCCCCGCGCCCGGCAUGGACCCACAGUUCGUGGAGCCGCCGCUGCUUGGCCAUCAAGAGCAGUACUACACGUCGCCGAUGGCGACCCCGUCGUUCCAUCCAUCUCGAAGCUCCGAUUUCCCAAGCUUUGGUGGCUCGUCGUCGUUGCCGAACCUGCCGUUCGGAUCGGCGACGGUGAAGAACGAGCUGGGGCAGCCGUCUCCGCCGCCGUCGUCGAACUUUCUCUCCUUCGGCGCUGGCCAGGCUGGCACCCUCAAUUUCUCCGGAGGCGCCUGGCAGCACGACGGCGUGGAAGGGACGAUGCAGCUGCAGGCGCCGGAGAGGCGGAGCAGGGCGCCGGCGAACGCGCAGGAGCACGUCAUCGCCGAGCGCAAGCGGCGGGAGAAGCUGCAGCAGCAGUUCGUGUCCUUGGCCACCAUCGUCCCCGGCCUCAAAAAGACAGACAAGAUCUCUCUGCUGGGGAGCACCAUCGACUACGUGAAGCAGCUGGAGGACAAGGUGAAGGCCCUGGAGGAGCAAGGCUCGCGGAGGUCGUCGGAGUCCACCACCGUCUUCGAGAGCAAGUGCCGCAUAUCCGCCGCCGACAACGACGCAGCAGGACCCAGCGGGUCCGGGGACGCGGCCGAGGACUCGAGCCCGGCCGUCAAGGCCAGCAUCCGGGGGCACACGGCGCUCCUGAAAAUCUGCUGCAAGGAGAGGAGAGGGGUGCUGGUGAUGGUCCUCUCCGAGCUCGAGAACCAGGGCCUCUCCAUCAUAAACACCAACGUCGUCCCGUUCACCGACUCCUGCCUCAACAUCACCAUCACGGCCAAGGCAAGGCCUCUCUCCAUUGCGCAAAUGCGGUUGUAG